AUGGACAGCAACAGCGUCUACCGCCCCGAGGAUUUAGGCUCUGACGCCAACGAGAAUGACAUCCCCGAGGUCAAUGAUCGCCCCGCUCCUAACCCUAAAAAGAUCCGAACGAGGCCUAGUUCAUGGGUCGGCUAUGAGGACAAGCGAGGUCCCUAUCUCUUGAUACCGCUCUACCGGUCAUGGAAUUUUUACGUACUCUUGAUCAACCGAGCACCCUUACUGGUCCCUGAGAUCAAGUUCUUCAACAAGCAGCUCGUAGCUGGUUUGAGCUUUAUUCUUGAAGCUGGCAUCCGCCACUGCGACCUCAAGUCAGAGAAUGUCUUAGUCGCUGAAGGCAUACACCUCAAGAUCACGGACUUUGGGCUCUCAGAAGAGUCGUCCGUCAAGAGAAACAGCGUCAUCUAUCCUCCAGAAGACUACCUCGAGGGUGUGCCCCCCUCCGAAGACGUUAGGAACUUGCUGGACCGUACUCUGGAGAUCGAUGUUGAGCAUCGUAUCAAUGUUCAUGAGCUUGCGAACCACAAUUUCCUUUGUCGCGACUUUGCCUCAAGAGUCUUCCCAAUACGGCGUUCGACGUGGCCCCGGUGUUUGACAAUAACUCUGUUGAAAACGCAUGCACGCACCUCAGAGAACAAUGCUGAAGUCUCGAGAGCGUGGAAGCGGAAGAAGAGGAGAUCCGAGAAGGCUGCCGUCAAGGAUCAUGAGAUCCGGGUGAAUCAAAGGAGCCACGCUACCGUAUGUGUGGUGGCUGCCAAAGGCAAGGAGGUUGUACAUUGGUGCCGUGUCAAUACCAAAUCCGGGACUGAGGCUAUCACCGAUGCCAACGCCAACGCCGACGCCACCACCAAGGACCACAGCGCUCGCACCAGGAACCAAGGAGACACUUAG